ACAAAAAGUGACUUGACUAGAAAAUGAAUUGACUAGCGUUGACUAGCGAGAACGAACUAGUCCAGUCAGUGGUUCGCUAUUCGCUACGAAUUCGCUAUAAACAAAUUUCGAUGAAUAAACUAACCAAUGGCGUUUUAUUUACAAUUUCCGGACCCUCUUCUGAAAUCUGCUCUUUAAGCGCAUGCUCCGCCAGUACACAGCCGGCAAAGUAGAUAUUUCAGCUGGAGUAUUACAAAACAGUUGACAGUGGCAGAAGUGGCCCCGAGUGAAUUGAAUUGAUGGAAUUAACUAAAAACAAAUAAACCAAUGGAUAACACAUACCGAUUAAAAUUGCUACUCGACCGGAGAACAACGUUUGGCUGAGCAUGAUUAGAUUUUCACUGUACAAGUUAAUAGUGCUGUUAUGUUUAUGUUUCGGUUUUUACUACAUAGCUCGCUGGCAGAUCGCUUUACAUAAUAACAAUGGUGCUCAUAUGCAGAAGUUGUUGCAUACUUGUAACGUCUCGGAGGUUUACCGAGCGGAAUUGGAACAGCUGUUCGAGACUAUCCAUCAAAUCCUGGACAAGCAAGGUAUCACUCAUAUUCUUUGCUACGGGACGCUAUGGGGUCAAAUUCGGAUGACCAAAAUGCUGCCCUGGCGCAGAAAGGCUGAGUUUUGCGUAUUCAACGAGGAACUUAUGGCUCGCGAGGAAGCACGCUUCUUGCGCUAUUUCUACAGCAACAAUUUGAAGAUCUACUACAUCCACUCAGAAGGAGUGUAUCGCAUCUUUUCGAGUAAACCGGAGCUGUCGCCCUACGUUGAGUUGAUUGUCUUCCAACGUGAUGACUCGCAAUCGAUGUACAAAAGGGUUGGUUGGAAGCGAAGACUACUUCCACCGCAUUGCGACUGGACCCCAUCGCUGGAUUGCUUCCCGAUACAUCUGCUGGAGGCUUCAUUACCGCGGCGGAAGCUGGGGUCACAUUUCUACAGUGUGCCAAUGGGAGGAAUAGAGCUCCAAAAAUAUCACUAUACCCUGAACUGGUGGAAAGAUGUUCGAGUUUUCAAUUGCUGAAUGCUUUCUUUGCUGGCCAAUGUUUCUUUUCAUGGAUGAUUCGUUUAAAAGAAGCGGGAUGGAUCAUAAUGUAUAGCAAUAAUGAUUACGUGUAAUAUACGCUCUUUAUCUUUUCUGUUUUUA